CUGUAUGUACAUCAUGAACGACAUGUCAUCAGUGUCCUACAUUCUGUGGACAUGUUUGUCGCCAGCAUCUUCGCAUAGCCCUAGCCCGGUGACGGGGUGAACUUUCCCAAUCUAUAUAUAGCUAGAUCCCUCCUUAUCUGUACAAGUACAUAAACAGGCAACAUAUAUAUGUGCUUUUCUGCUACAGCAGGAGCUCGAUACGAGCUAGCCGACCACAUCUAGCUAGAUCUCUCUCCUUAUAAUUAUCUGUACGCACAGGCAUCACCAUUAGCUGAACUACAUGCUAGCUUAGCCACUUGCUAACUUCGCCGCUUUCACCAUUAGCUGGAUGCAUUGGCCAUUUUUAGCCUGACAUUUGCAGUUCUCGUGGCCCAGAUCGAUCUGUCGGACUGUGACAGUCAGCACUUGAUCAGCAGGGAGAGGCUGCAGGGCUGUUGGUGAGAGAGAUGAACACUAAUAAUAAGACAAACAGCAGAAGCGGCGGCGGUACAACAGGGAGGAGAUCAAGGAGCAGGAGCAACAGCAACAAUGCCAGCACCGGCACCGCCACGACGACGACGGCGGCGGCGGCGGCGGCUAUGGAGAGGAAGGAGAUCGAGAGGAACAGGAGGCUGCACAUGAAGAGCCUCUGCUUAAAGCUCGCCUCCCUCAUCCCCAAGGAAGAACACUGCUCUUCCAAGGACGCCAUGACCCAGCUGGGUUGCCUGGACGACGCGGCGGCGUACAUCAGGAAGCUCAAGGCGAGAGUGGACGAGCUGCAGCGCGCGCAGCUCUCGCUUAGCAACAAGAGAGGAGAAGACUACGACGGAGCCGUCAGAACAACAACUUCUUCUUCCGGCACGGCAACGGGGUUGUCGUCGUCAGAAGCCGCCGCCGGUGUUGCUGCGGAGCCGGCGGCGGUGGUGGAGGUGCGGCACAGCCACGACGGGUCCAGCCUGGAGGUGGUGCUCAUCAGCAGCGUGCGGCGGCCGUUCAAGCUGCACCAGGUGGCCACCGUGCUGGAAGAGGAAGGCGCCGAGAUCAUCAGCGCCAACGUCUCCGUCGACGGCCGCAGAAUGUUCCACACCAUCCACUCCCGGGAUCUAUUGCUUGAUAGGAGUUUGGUUCGAGAUUAGCAACUUUAGGUACAAUGACCGCUGAAAACGCAUGGACAAGGCGCACAAUGCCUAUAGCCCAAUUCCGCAAAGGGGUCAAAGAGAGAGGAGGAAGAAUAUAAUAGAUAGCCAUUGUAUCAACAUCUAUGAAAAAUCUAAGUGAGAGAUUUAAGGUUUGUUUAAGAUGCAGUAUUUGGUCUUUUAGCUCAAAAGCUGACUUUCUGUAUUUUGGCUUUUUAGUUGUUGGUUUUUUGCUAUUGAUCUUUGUUAUAAAAACUCCUCUCAACUUCCGACUUGUACAAGCCAGAAAAAAAAAUU